CACCAACAAAAAUAAAUUAUUAUUUUAUUUAAUUUUUUAAAUAGAUCAAAGAACUUGAGAUCUUCUUUGUUGAAUCUUGGAAUUAUAAAUAGUCGACCCACUUUCCUCUUUCUCCUUAAUUUAAUUUAAUUUAAUUUGUCCCAUACAAACUUUCUUUCUUUCUAGUAUCUCCCAACUCCUUGCUUUCUUCUUUGCUCAUUAUUACAAGCUUUUCAACUUAUAACAUAUUAUUAUAAUUCCUUAAUAUUUCCGAACAUGGCUGCCGUUUAUGGAGUGGUGUUAGUAAUGGCGGCGGCUGCAGUGGUGUUAUGCGGGGGCGGCGGAGCUUAUGCCGAUCCAGAUAUGCUUCAAGAUAUCUGCGUUGCUGAUCUCACUUCUGCUGUGAAGAUCAACGGUUUCCCUUGCAAAUCGAAUGUUACGUCAGACGAUUUCUUUUCUGACGUUCUGGCGAAAGCGGGCCCCACAAACAACUCCGUGGGGUCAUUAGUCACGGGGGCCAACAUCCAGAAGAUUCCGGGCCUCAACACGCUCGGCGUGUCGCUCUCGCGCAUCGACUACGCGCCGGGGGGCCUAAACCCCCCGCACACGCACCCGCGCGCCACGGAGGUCGUUUUCGUCCUAGAAGGGGAACUUGACGUGGGCUUCAUCACAACCGGAAACGUGCUCUUCUCAAAGUCGAUCAAGAAGGGAGACGUCUUCGCUUUCCCAAAGGGGCUCGUGCACUUCCAGAAGAACAACGGCAAUACCAAUGCGGCCGUGAUUUCCGCCUUUAACAGCCAGUUGCCGGGGACUCAGUCGAUUGCCGCCACUUUGUUUGCGGCUAAUCCGGCGGUGCCGGAUAAUGUUUUGACGAAGGCGUUUCAGAUCGGGACCAAGGAGGUGGAGAAGAUCAAGUCCAAGUUUGCACCCAAGAAAUGAUCAAUGAAUUAAGAAAAAGAAAUGAAAGUUGAUUACUUUGUUGUGUUUGUGGGGUGAUGAUUUGAUUUUAUUUGAUUUGUUUAUGUAACACAUGCAUGUAGGGGAGUUUUCUUUCUUAUGAUGUAAUAAAAUGUAAAAUUUGGAUGUCUUGAAACAACAAUAUUGUAGGUUGAUAUACAAUAUAUAAUUUACUUUUA